GAUUGUUCCGUAUAUCGAUCGUUUUUUUUUUUGCAAUCUUGUUCGAUCAUUAUCUUCCUGAAUCCUUUACUACAAACAUGUUGCAUUGCCAUAAGUAUUUCUUGUAGUUCACUUUCAAGAGCAUUCUUAACUUGCUUUCCAGUCCUGAAAUGCUCCAUAAUAGUAACCAUUAUUGUCUCGAUAAACCCAUCCAGCAUUGCUUGUUAUCAUUUGGUCAUUCAAAGAUUCAUCGAUAUUGCACUUCAUCCUUCCUUCUGGUGGUCUUCUCCAUUGACUUUCUUGAUGUUCUUGCCAUUUGACUAUUAGUAUUAUGAGUUGUUUUUACGCAGAAUUAUGAGUACAUUCCAGCUUUUCCAAACUAUCCAUAUUGGCAAAUUUUGUAGGUGUGUGAAUCAUGUGAAGAAACUACAUCGUAGGCAUUCUUAAAUUUUUUUCCUCCAAAGAAGUCUUAGAGCUUUGGAUUAUAUAAUUGGAGACUCCACAAGCUUUCCAUAUUGUUUUGACAUAUAUAGGUGUAUUCAAAGAACAUGUGUUCCCCUGUCUCUGCAUGGUUACAACAAUGCCUACAUUGAUCAUCCUGCAUCAUAUGUCGUCUUUUGAGGUUACUCCCAAUAGCCGAACCGUUUGAUAACAGUCUCCAUAAAAAGUGCUUCCGUUUUGGUGGAGCCUUCGAGUUCCAGAUUUUGUGUUUGAUGUUAUUGUUUCCCGAGAUUGGUGUAAAUGAGCACUGAGCCAAUAAGCCAGAUUUUACCGAGUAUCUUGUAAUGUCAGCUGACUAGAUCCAUCUUUGCAUAUGACGAACUGAGUUUGAUUUUUAGGAUCUUGUCCACAUCCUCAUUAAUAAUCUAUUCUCUUAGCUUUGUCUCAUCCCACCUUCUAUUUCCUUCUGUUGAGAAGAAACACUUUACGUUCUUUUUUUUUUUUUGCUUUGAUCGUGCUCUUGGUGGACGUGGCUGAUGAUGGUCAGGGAUUCAUGUGUCUGUCCAAACAUUUAUUACAGAACCAUCUCCUUGACAUGAUUUUAGACCCAUCCUUAGAUUUCUAUCUAAAGCCGACUUGAAUAUCCAAAAUAAUUAAACCUGUAAUAAAUAAUGAAACAAAACCGUGUCCGAAAUAUAAAAUACCACCGCUCAAGAAAUAGUAUAUCCUUUUCUUGUCGGUUCGCAUUUCUGGCUUUAACUUAAGACAGUCAGUUUCCCUCUUCUUCUCAGAUUCUGUCGUCUCUUCGAAUCCAAACUCAAGCAAUGCAGCAAGACUCGAAUUCUAGACCCGCCAGUGGAUAUCCAUACCCGUAUGAUCCACCUCAACAAUCCAACGCCAACGGUUACCAAAACCAGUACUACGCGCCGCAUCAUAAUCCACGCGCCAUCCUAAUCCGCCGCCUCUUCAUCGCCUCCAUGGUCCUUCUCCUCAUCUUAGGACUCAUCCUCGUCCUCUACUUCGGCCUCGUCAGUCCCCAAUUACCAUACGCUUACGUCAACUCUCUCUCCCUCUCCAACUUCAACGUCUCCAACAAUCAUCUCACUGGAAACUGGGACCUCCAGGUCCGGUUCCAAAACCCUAACUCAAAGAUGUCGCUUUACUACAACGCUGUCGUCUGCACUCUCUAUUACAACAGAGAUUCUCUGUCUGAAACUCGAUUACAGCCGUUCGAUCAAGGGAAGAAAGAUGAGACUCCCAUCAACGCUACGCUCUCUGUCUCCCGGACUUACGUUGACGCUCGAUUGGCUGAUUCUAUCGGGAAAGAGAGAGCGGCGGACGGAAGCGUAGAGUUCGAUUUGAGGAUGACUUCUUCGGUUACUUUCCGGUAUGGAGUGUAUCGGCGGAGGAGGUACGUUACGGUUUACUGCUAUGAUGUGGCGGUUGGUGUUCCCGCGAAUAGUAGCUCAGGGAAGAUGGUUGGUUCCGCUAAGAGAUGCAAAUCUUUUUGAAAAUGUACAAGUUAGUUUUUUUUAAUUAAAAAGAAAUAUAGUGUAACCAUUUUCUUUUGUUUCUUGCGAUGAUGAGUGUAAUCAAUGUCGAGAAAGAAGCAAAAAGAAAAGAAAAUUUUGAGCUAAUAUGUUGUUGGAAAUUGGAAUUAUCAUUCU